AACCGGAAGUGAUUCUCCUAAACUGCUCUGCUAAUGCUAAUGGCCCCGGAACGAUAAAGAAGCUCUCUCCGAAGAUGGCAGGGGUGUUUGAGGUGGAGGUUGACGGUGUUGAGCACGACCACGGAUUAGAGCAGCACAAUGAACCAAACCAGUUUGAUGUGUCUAAGCUUUCACCAGAAGAAAAAUGGAGAGUGGAGCAUGCGAGAAUGCAUGCCAAACACAAAGGCCACGAGGCGAUGCACGCAGAGAUGGUGCUGAUCCUCAUUGUCACCCUGGUCGUCGCCCAGCUGGUACUCGUGCAGUGGAAACAGAGACACGCAAAGUCGUACAAUCUGGUGACACUGUUCCAGAUGUGGGUAGUUCCUCUCUACUUCACUACCAAACUUCACUGGUGGAGGUUUCUGACCACGUGGUUUAUUUUCUCCAUCAUCACCGCAUACAUUUCCUUCCGUGCCACUCGAAAGCCACUGGCCUGCACCACACCAAGGUUGGUGUACAAGUGGUUCCUCCUCCUGUACAAGAUCAGCUAUGCCAUAGGAAUAUUUGGUUACAGUGUUGUCAUGUUUACACUUUUUGGUAUCAACCUUAUAUUCAGAAUAAAGCCAGAGGAUGCUAUGGACUUUGGUGUGUCACUGCUAUUCUACGGGUUGUACUAUGGGGUCCUUGGAAGAGACUUUGCUGAGAUGUGUGCAGACUUCAUGGCCUCAACCAUUGGAUAUUAUAGUGCAUCUGGGAUGCCAACAAAACACCUCUCGGACAAUAUCUGUGCUGUGUGCGGUCAGCCCAUUCUUGUAGAUGUCAGCGAAGAAGGGAUAAUUGAGAACACCUACAGAUUAUCCUGCAAUCAUGUUUUCCACGAGUUCUGCAUAAGAGGCUGGUGUAUCGUUGGGAAGAAGCAGAUGUGCCCCUACUGCAAAGAGAAGGUGGAUCUGAAGAGGGUGUUCAGUAAUCCCUGGGAAAGGCCACAUGUCAUGUAUGGACAACUUUUAGACUGGCUUCGAUACCUGGUGGCCUGGCAGCCCGUCAUCAUCGGGUUUGUCCAAGGUAUCAACUACAUCCUCGGUCUGGAGUGAUUCUGGACUAAAGACCUCAGUGGACAGAGAAGAUAUGCUCUGGCUCAAACAGACUGCGGGCCUAACAUUAAACUAAAACACCAAUAAAAGUGUCUCUACUUUUUGUAAAUAUUUAUAGGUGCAUAUCUGUAUUUACAGUUCAUUCAAAUUUUUCUCAUUCUGGAGGUCUGUCAGUUUCCCAGGGUUUCUUUCACACAACGUCACCCCAUGGGGUCCGUGAUUUGGUUCAACUAGUAAAUUGGUUUUCAAGAUCAUUAGAAAGGUGCUUUUUACUGAUGUCUUAAAUAUUUGUUAAAAGUGUCAUGCUGGAAUUUGUCAUGUUCAUGUCUGAAUGUUAUGAGUCAUAAAUUUUGAAUCGAAAACGUCACAAAUCGUUACUUCCUCAAAUAUGUGAACCCUGAUGCAUUUUAUUCUUUUAAUGUAAUCACAAAUUUACAUUUGUGUAUUUUUAGCUUUAAGCUACACAGGUUUCAUAAAACUGAUGUCGCAUAUCUUGUGACUGGAAGCAUCCUGUCACCGGGGAAAACUUUUUAAUCAUACUAAGCCCAGGAUUCCUACACAGGGCUUAUUAUGAAACCUUCAGAAUACCCUCACACAACUUAUUUGUUUUUAAAAUAUUUCUUAAUUUUAACAUUUCUUAGCUCCUGAGGAAUAGAAGUUAUUUAGUUGGUGUCACUCUAUAAGGCCAAAUGGGGAAAAUAAACUAGAAGAUACUCAAAGGCGUCAUACUGGUUGUUGAAAUAAUAAUAAAUAAAAAAAACAAUAUGAUCCUGGUCAAA